AUGAUGUACAGUUUAUGCACCACCAUGAUAUCUGAUGAUGACACACCUGUUGCCAUCACUGUUGCAACACCAGAAUUCAGCAGCCAUAAAAACAUUCAACAGACUCUCCAACCUAUAGCUAUCACCAACUCGAGAAAUGCUGGCAAGUGCAAUUUGGUGGAUGCAGACUGGACUCCUUCCUUGACGGAAGACUUAGUGGAGUUGUCCAGUGAAGGAGACAAAGCCAUGGGCCACAAAGGCCAACACCUUUGUCGGGCUCAUGAUCCGUCAUUUAUGGAUUAUGCCUGUUCUUCUGCAUCUCUCAUGGAUGACACAGAUAUCAAGGAAUGUAAAAUGGUGCUAGCUAUUGCAAAUGUGCAGCAAACAAGUCUUGACAGCCAUCUGCAAGAAAAUUCUUCCAGUAAGGUUGUUGUCCCAUACAUGGACAUAGUCUUUCAUGAAGCUGCUAUUGAGUGGCUAAUUUCCACUAGCCAGCCUGUCAUAUACCUGAUCCGACCGCUCCGAUAUCAAUAUCCGCUCCACUUUCUGACCACCUCCACUCCUUCCAUUCUCCACUCCGUCCAAUCAUUAUCUGCAUCUGCCCCUACACUUCCGCUCGACCGCCCGACUGGUCCCCUUCCGUAA